AUGGAGUCCUCGGCAGAGGCCUACGAGGCCACCCACGUCCACUCCGUCUACAACGCCAUCGCGCCGCACUUCUCCUCAACCCGCCACAAGCCCUGGCCCCUAAUCUCCUCCUUCCUCACGGCCCAGCCCCCGGGCACCACGGGCCUCGACGUCGGCUGCGGCAACGGCAAGUAUCUCCCCGUCAACCCGACGCUGCACAUCUUCGGCUCCGACCGCAGCGAGAACCUGGUGCGCCUCGCCCGAUCCGAGCGCAGCGGCGAGGUCGUCGUCGCCGACGCCCUGAGCCUGCCCUACCGCGAGCGCUCCGUUGACUUUGUCAUCUGCGUCGCCGUCAUCCACCACCUGUCCACGGCCGAGCGGCGGCGCGAGUGCAUCGCGGCGCUGCUGCGGUGCGUGAGGGCCGGUGGCAAGGUGCUCAUCUAUGCCUGGGCGCUGGAGCAGGGCACCAGUCGCAGGGGGUGGGACGAAGGGUCGGAGCAGGAUACGCUGGUGCCGUGGGUGAUGCGCUCAAAGGACAAGCCGGACGCGACGUAUCAGCGGUAUUAUCAUCUGUAUCGGAAGGGCGAGCUGGAGGAGGACGUUGAGGCUGCGGGGGGAGUUGUUUUGGAGAGUGGCUAUGAAAAGGACAACUGGUGGGUGAUAUGUAGCAGUGAGGAGACAUGA